AGCACAACCCCAGAAUGGUCAUCCGCAGCCUGUUCCCGGUGUUUGACCUCUUCAGAGACCGCCUGCUGGAGUCCAACCGUAAGGUGAACCUGUACGCCCUGGAGGCCCUGCAGGGGAUGGUGCGCCUGCUGAAGGACAACCUGUCCGGGGUGCUCAACCACCUGGUGCCCGCCAUCGUGGACAACCACCUCAACUCCAAGAACCGCGCUGUGUACUCGGCCGCCACAGGGGCCCUCUGCGAGCUGGUGCUGAACCUCGACAACAGCCUCCUCCUGGAGCCGUUCUGCUUCAAGGCACGGGUUCUUAGCGGCCAAGCAAAGGUGGAUCUGAUCGAGAAGGUUGCAGAGCUGGUGACGGAGCUGUACCCCCGCCGGCCCCAGCUGGUGGAGCAGAAGGCGCUGCCCCUGCUGUGGGGCCUGCUGGGCCCGUCCAGCGGCAGCGUGCACCGGGCGACCACCAGCCUGUGCCGAGCCCUCCACCAUCAGAUGGGGCCCGGCCUGCGGCAGAGCGCCGCCUCUCAGCCCCCGAGCGUCGGCAGGGACCUCAACCAGCUGCUGAGAACCAUGUCCUGAAUAAAAAAUGACCUAAGGACGGGAACGAGAAGACUCACUGCUCUCUUUGCACUUUUACAGGUAACUUGUGUUGCACUUUAACAGGUACAAUUUACAAUUACAAUUAGGGCAUUU